AUGUUGCAUUCGUUAAGGUUGGGCUUUCAAGCUGCACCAAGGUCAUUAUACUCGCCCGUAAGGUCUUAUUCGCGUUAUGUCAGAACUGCACCAAAAACUGCAUCUACAAAGACAGCAGUCAAACCUGCUCCUCCAAUUGAAGAUGAAGUAACCCAACAAGACACGCCACUGGAUGAAUUACAAAGUACUACCUCCACUGCUUCUUUUGCAUUUCAGGAUGCUCCACCCGAGACAAGAUCUGUUUUAAAUUCCACGCCCAACAAUAUAAUAGACUGGUCCGAUUCUUAUCAUGGACUUGGCUCACAGCCAUUCUCUAAAGAAAUUGCAGAUAUAUUAUUGACACCAAUUGAAGAUCAAGAUAUUGAAAUUAAGCCCGAUGGACUUUUAUAUUUACCAGAAAUCAAAUAUCGUCGAAUUUUGAACAAGGCAUUUGGACCUGGAGGUUGGGGUUUAGUACCGCGUACCGAAUCAUUGGUUACCAAGUCACAAAUUUCUCGUGAAUAUGGGUUAAUUUGCCAUGGAAGAUUGAUAAGUAUAGCUCGAGGUGAACAAGACUAUUUUGGUGGAGAAGAGAAAGUCACUACGGCCUUGGAAGGAUGCAAGAGUAAUGCCUUGAUGAGAUGUUGUAAAGAUUUGGGAAUUGCUAGUGAAUUAUGGGACCCUGGUUUUAUUAGGAAAUGGAAAGCUAAAUACUGUGAAGAAGUAUUUGUUGAACAUGUUGUGAAUAAAAAGAAAAAGAAGUUGUGGAAGUUGAAAUCGAAUAAGAAGAUAGAUUAUCCAUAUAAACAAUUGUAA